AAAAUAUCCAACAUUAAUUUCUUCUGCCAUUAAUAUCCCUUCUUCCCUUUUACAGUAGAUUCUCUUUCAAUACCCCCCCGUGUGCUACCUUCACUUCUCCCCCUCCAUUAAUCUCUCUCUCUCUCUCUCUCUCUCUCUCUCUCUCUCUCUCUCUCAUCUUUAUAUAUACACAUAUUCACAUAUACAACACAAUUUACUACUACAACUCUCUAUUUUCAUCUUAUGGAAACUAUACUCUACUUUGUUAUCAUCUUUACAGUUCUUUUCUACCUUCACCGGAGAACUCGCCGGCGGCGACACAAUCUCCCGCCGGGAAGUUUAGGACUACCCUUUAUAGGAGAAACCUUCCAGCUUAUCUCAGCUUACAAAACCGACAACCCAGAACCUUUCAUAGACAAAAGAGUGAACCGGUACGGUUCAAUUUUCACAACACAUGUAUUUGGUGAACCGACGGUUUUUUCAGCUGACCCGGAAACGAACCGGUUUAUUUUAAUGAAUGAAGGGAAGCUAUUUGAAUGUAGUUAUCCCGGUUCAAUAUCGAAUCUUUUGGGAAAACAUUCUUUGCUUCUUAUGAAAGGUUCUUUACAUAAGAGAAUGCAUUCACUUACUAUGAGUUUUGCUAAUUCUUCUAUUAUUAAAGAUCAUCUUCUUGUUGAUAUUGAUCGGCUUAUUCGGCUUAAUUUGGAUUGUUGGUCCGACCGGGUUUUGCUCAUGGAGGAGGCCAAGAAGAUAACAUUUGAGUUGACAGUGAAGCAGCUGAUGAGUUUUGAUCCAGGUGAAUGGACUGAGACUUUGAGGAAAGAGUACGUUCUCGUGAUUGAAGGAUUUUUCACACUUCCCUUACCAUUACUCUCUAGUACCUACCGUAGAGCAAUCAAGGCAAGAACGAAGGUGGCAGAGGCAUUAACUUUGAUUGUGAGGCAGAGAAGAAAAGAAAGUGUAAUGGGCGAGACAAAGAAUGACAUGCUAGGGGCAUUGUUGGCUUCCGGCGACCAGUUUUCGGAUGAACAAAUAGUUGAUUUUAUGUUGGCAUUGCUCGUCGCCGGCUAUGAAACCACCUCUACCAUAAUGACUCUUGCGGUCAAGUUUCUCACAGAGAAUCCUCUAGCAUUGGCACAACUCAAGGAAGAGCAUGAUCAAAUAAGAGCAAAGAAGAGUUGCCAAGAGGAACCAUUGGAGUGGAUAGAUUACAAGUCAAUGGCAUUUACUCAAUGUGUUGUGAAUGAAACUUUAAGAAUGGCAAAUAUAAUAAGUGGGAUAUUUAGGAGAGCAAUGACAGAUAUCAAUAUCAAAGGCUACACUAUUCCAAAGGGGUGGAAGGUCUUUGCAUCAUUUCGUGCCGUACAUCUAAACCCCGAUCAUUUCAAAGAUGCUCGCACUUUCAAUCCAUGGAGAUGGCAGAGAAAAUCAGAAUCAACGUCCCCGGGAAAUAUAUAUACACCAUUUGGAGGAGGGCCGCGGCUGUGCCCCGGCUAUGAGCUAGCCAGAGUUGUGCUAUCGGUAUUUCUUCACCGCAUUGUCACUCGUUACAGUUGGUCUCCUGCAGAAGAAGAUAAGUUGGUGUUUUUCCCAACCACUCGGACGCAGAAGAGGUAUCCUAUCAUAGUGAAGCGUAGAGUGCAAUCGAAUUCGGUCAUGUAAUUAAAGCGCGGGGAGAGAACAACACAGGGAAGCAGCGAUUGUAGAUGAGUUUAAUCAAUUUUAAUUAAUGUCAAAUAUAAGUAAUAAUACAAUUAUAUCUAUUAGUUUAGCAUUCUGUCAAAAAAAAUCUAUUAGUUUAGCAGUUCA